GUUUGUGAACCUUUGUUGUGCUGGAUGAUUAUCGCGUAUUUUGGGUCAUCUUUCAGUUUGGGUGGUUCCUGCGACCUUCAUGACCACCAACACCUACUAUGAACAUUGAAACAUGUUCAAGAAGAACGCCACAUCGUCGGACGUGAAGAAGAGUCUAAGUAAAUGUCUGGACAUUAAGCGAGAUACGCCCACCCGUCUGAAGCAUCUGCGGACUGUGUUGGAUAAUACAGAUGCUGGGGAGUUGAAGUCUUUCCUAGAUGUAAACUACAGCCCUGUUUUUCAUGUUUUCUAUGAGGCAUUCAUCACUUUUGAAGGAAAUCUAAAGCAAAAGGGGACAUUUGCUGUGCAGAAAAGUCAUAAAGAGGACUUGGAAUGCUCACUGUAUGUCUUGGAUCGACUCCUCUGCCUUUUACCUGAAAGAUUUGAAAAGCGAUGGCAGUGCAAUGCCCUUACACAUAUAUUCAAAAAGAUUCUCCACCCAGGAAACAUUGUGCGGCUGCGUCGAGAUGCAAUGCGGUUAUUUGUUAUCUGGUACAUGAUAGUUGGGGAGUCAAAAACCCCCGAGAUGGAUCGCAUGUUCGCCUUACUGGUACCAGGAUUCCCGGUGCCCCCUCCUGCAGCCAUACCCCCUGACCUGGGCUAUGGGGGCGUCACGUGCCUGGAACCAUCGCCGGUCGUCCCCCUCCCCAGCACCGAGAAAACACCACCAGAUGAUCUAUCAUCUUACCUCCUCAGGUCACUCCUAGACUUUAUGGUCACACAGGUUCGAAGAGUUGAAUGGCAAGAUCGUACACAGCACAGCAAGUCAUUUUCGUACCUGUUUGAUAUGUUCCGAAUGUGGUAUAUGCCUCAUAUCUUCCCGAGCUUCAUUUCUUCAAAUUCUCUGUAUAAACCAAAUCUAGAGUUACCAGAACUGCGCAGUAGUCCAGGGUUGAGCCCCUAUGGUACGUGCCAGGUGGCAGUUGUCGAAUGGGUGCGGAAGUUUGUAAUAUCUACCUCGCAGCGCAGUGGACAAUCAGUGUCAUCUGUAGGGGAGGAAGACGGUCGACGUUCUGGUCAUGGUGACGCACCAGAAGGGAAUACCAGUGAUCAAGAUUCCAUUACAUCAGCAUUUUAUGUCAAUGAUGAAGGUGGAUCAAGUGAAGAUGGGAUAAUGGUACGAGACAUAUUCUUCUCAUCACGGGAGAACAUUAACUUCAUUCAUGAACUGUUUCGUCAGGCUCUGUGCCUCUGUUUCCGCUAUGCAGCAAUCAUGAGGACCGUCAUAUUUACAUAUAAAGAUUGGAUACAGAUGAAUGCCCCAGAGAUGCCACCCUUUAUGUUGGAGCCACUGGAAGGAGGAACUAGUCCGAGAGAUGAUGGAACAGUUGCACAGGAAAAUAAUGGCCAGAGACGCCUACGCAAUGAAUCUUAUCUUGGAGCAGUUAACAAGGACAUCCAUAUUAGGGCAGGACUUCAGAAUGUUCUUCAGAUCUUCAUAACAAGCGCUGCAAACGUCUUCCUCUUAGAAGUCUCACCUGAUUAUCCUCGUCUUCUGGAUGAACAAGUAGAGGUGUGCAAACAUGUGUUGAAUAUUUACCGGUACAUGGUCAUGAACACCCGCAUGGAGCAGAAAACAUGGGAACAACUAUUAGUGGUGCUACUUCACGUGACUUCCCAAACUUUAUGUGGACGACCCACCACGCACAAAGAGGAUUCCCUUGGGGGACGCUUUGCUUCAGCUCUUUUCCAGACUCUAAUUGUAUCGUGGAUUAAAGCCAACUUGAGUGUUGCUAUAUCUGGUGAACUCUGGGACCAACUUCUGCUGACCCUAUCUUCCCUCACCCACUGGGAUGAGCUCAUCAAAGAGUGGGCGAAAACCCUGGACACCCUCACCCGUGUGCUUGCUCGACAUGUAUAUGGGCUGGAGCUCAAUAAUCUCCCCUUGGAGCGUGUGACUGAGCGCCGUUUAAUCAAGAGAGGAACUAAAUUAAUGGGACUGGAUUCUGUGAGGAGCAGUUUUGCGCGGAGCUGGAGUAGUGUGCGUAUGGAUCGUCAGGUCAAUGCACCAGACAAUCAUAAUGCUGGGCCUCCACCACUCUCACACCUACAGGAGGAAGCACAGGCAGACAGUGUGAGCUCUCAAGGGAGCAGUGAGCGCAGUCCAUUUGCUCGUAAACGUCGUGGCAGCGUUGGUGGAGGGUCCCUCAAAGCUGGUGCUGGUGGCAGCAGUGGUAGCCCCAAGCUGUCCCCACACCACCCUUCCAGUGACCAUUCACACCAUCACCACCACCACCAUGAUCAUCACCCUCACUCACAUCACUCACCCCACCCAGGACUCGGCAGAAGACUUACACGCUCCUUGUCUGAGUCAAGUUUAAUAGUAAGGAGGAGGCCAAGCCGAGGGCGCUCACACGGGGAGUGUGACGGUCACAUGAGCAGUCACCGGUACUUGCACGGCACCAGAUCUAAAUCCCUGGAGACCCUUUCCCACGGGUAUGGAGAGGAUGACUCGCGUACGCCCUCCCCUUCACCAUCCUCAGGUGUAGAGUCGUCAUCCAUGAAGGAUUCACCGAUGCAGAUUGAACUUGGGGGAGAUACUACUAGCAUAGAUACCUUAGAAGGAGGGCUAUCAUCUGACCAACGUUCAGUGAUGUCAGGUGGGACUGUUCGUGGCUGGCUACCAGACGUUGCCGUUGUCUUAUGGCGGCGAGUCUUAGGCCUUCUUGGUGAUCCUAAUGAUGUGGCUUCUCCCCUUAUUCAUGCACAGAUAUUCAAAUAUCUCUCAGAACUCACUGACACAUUGGUAAAGUUGCGUAGCAAUCAAAGUAUUACCGUUGACAACCAAAGCAGUCCUGAGCCUCCAGAACUUAUACCUCCACUCACACUAGUCGCUCCAUGGUGUUUCAGGGCCCUGACUUUACCACCCCAAUUUCAUCGAGGCAAAACUCUGGCGUACCGAUUAUUAUGUGUAAUGAUUGUGCGGCGGCACGACCUCCAGCUUCCCCGUGACAUACUCACACACUUCUACAGAGUCUUACAUCAGGGUCUUGUUGGUCAAGAUCAGGAAGUUAUUAAUACCUUAGUGGCAGAGUGUGGUCCAAGCUUCUUCUCCCUUGGUCUGCCAGGUGCUACCAUGCUCACCCUAGACUUUAUCUUCGCCACCAACACAGUUAUCACAUCCCCUGAAACCAAAGUUCAAGCUCCAAAACUGGAGGCCUUGAGUUUGCUUGGGUCAUUGCUGCCACUGUCCUCGCUCUACCCGUCCAUGCCAGUCCUUCAGCCCUCAGCAGCUGACCUGGCUCUCAUGAAUUGUUCUGAUGUUAAGGAUCAUUUGGUGAAUGUACUGCUGAAGAGUGGUAAACGAGAUGGAUGGUGGCGCACGAGAUCCCUAGCCCUAAGUACCCUGGCUAUCUACCUCUACCAUGAACUGGCCCACCAAACAUUCCACACCAAAGUCAACGAGGCAAUCAACGUUCUCCUAGCAUCCCUCAAGCAGGCAGUAUCUUCACCGCACCAAGCUAAGCAUCUGGCCCAGAGUACUGAGGUUGGACGAUUGGUAGGUCAAGUAGCAGCAGAUCUACUGCUGCUACUGUGUGACCACGCUGAGGCCUUCCUCACCCACUACCCCGAUAUUCCCACCAGAAUUAUCCAAGUUCUGUGUCAAACUCUGGGAUCAAUUGGAACAGACAUGAGCUUCACCACCAGUUCUGAGGGGAAACACCUCGUGCUUUCAUCUCUCUUUUGCUUGGCUGAGUGGGUCAUGCGCAUGCCUCAACAGGUUCUCAUUCAACCCACACAAGACAAGCAACCUCUUCUGCAACAUGUAUUUAAGGUUUUACAAGUUGUUGUCAGUGGGAAGAAAAGUAGUCACAUCAGAUCACCAAAUUUGGAAGUGGUGGAUUUUGAUGGCUACGUACGGGAAGAUAAUGGCAGGACAGGCAGCAUGGACUCCGCCACUAGAGGAGACUCCCUAAAGAGAUCAUCCUUCCCCCCAUCCUGCACAUCCACCAUCAAACUGGCAGCAAGAUCAAUUACAAGCCAUAUCAUGAACCACUUGUGGCACUUUCCCCUGGGUGUGGGAGCUCAGCGUCUCUCAUCUCUGGUUGUGGAAGGAGAUGAUGUACCAGGACUCUCUGGGGAUGAACUGUCCUCUGAAGUGUUCCUGUCCCCUCAUGUACAACUAUUUGCACUUAAUCAGUCAUGUCUGCUGUCCUUGGUGCAGCUACCAGCACUACAGGUCCCCGGUGGUGCAGCUACAGUGGGAUUUAAAACACCAAAUUCAGAGGUGCGACUCAUCCUGCGGGACUUAUCAGGGAAGUUCUCUUGGGAUGCCUCGCUCCUUUAUGCCCCACCAACUGAAUAUGUGCCUGAACAGCCCACCCAUCAUCAACAGCAGCAACAGCCACAUCAGCAGCAACAACAACAGUUACAGUCACAAGUACAGCAGCAAUCAAACAUUUCCCCAGGGGCCAGUGCAGGAGCAUCACCAUCAAUAGUGACAAGUGUUGGUUAUUCUGCACUCGGGGUUCAGUUUAAUACUGCUGGGUGCCCAGGUCUUGAUGCAAGUCGGGAUGAUACAAUGUCAUCUUCAUUUGUGGUAACUUCACCACCCAGACACACAGUCAGACACCGCCCACCAGGUGUACUACCAACACACGAGGAAUCUGCAGAUGAUCUUGACAACCUUGAUGAUCUGUUGAGUUAUGUAGGACAUACAAGCCCUGAAGUUUUGGAGCAGUUUGGUCAUGCAUUGAAUGAAGCUAUUGGUCCUCCUCCAACUCUCCCCAUCGAGGCUCAGCAUGAUGCCAUCUCAACCAUUCUAAACCAACGUAAUGUUGAAAAUGACUUCUUCAGCAGACACUCUACAGAUCCCAACAUGGUUUGUCCAAGUGGCCACUGUCCUACACCAGUAGAGUCAAGAUCAGCAUUCCAACAAGGUCGACUCCUCUUUGACCAGUUGGGUCUAGGAUCAUGGGAAAAACGACGAUCCAUUCAUACACUAAAGAAAAAUGACAAAUUACUGCGAGAAUUGAAGAAUUUAGAUAAUCAGAAAUGUCGAGAGACUCAUAAGCUGGCUGUGAUAUAUGUGGCUGAAGGUCAGGAGGACAAAAUGUCCAUCCUCAGCAACAGUGCAGGUUCUGCAGGCUUUGAGGAGUUUGUUGCUGGUCUGGGCUGGGAAGUGGAAUUGGCAACACAUACAGGUUUUCUUGGUGGCCUUCAACGCAAUGGUUCAACAGGGGAGACUGCUCCAUACUAUGCUACUUCAUUAACUGAGGUGGUUUUCCAUGUAUCUACUCGUAUGCCAUCAUUUUCUGAACAAAGCAUGUUGCAAAAGACUCGCCACUUGGGUAAUGACGAGGUUCACAUUGUAUGGUCGGAACACACUCGGGACUACCGGAGAGGCAUCAUCCCAACUGAAUUCUGUGAUGUCCUUAUUGUCAUAUAUCCACUACCUAACAGGCUGUACAGAAUACAAAUUUCUACAAAACCGGAUGUUCCAUUCUUUGGACCUCUGUUUGAUGGAGCAAUAGUGGCUCACAAGGUGUUGCCAGGGUUGGUGCGUAGUACAGCCAUUAAUGCAUCUAGAGCCAAACGCAGCCGACUGGCACUUUAUCAGAAUUUCUAUGAAGAGAGAGCCCGGGCACUGGACACCAUCAUAGAGCAGUACAGCGAAGCUACGACUUUUGAAGCCUUUAUCUCAUCAGUGUACUGUCCUGUCUUCCCUGCAUCCUUUACUUCUGGACCAACUCGGGCAUCAGGGACAUCAUUUUCUUCUCGGGUGUUUGACUCCAACAUGGGUGGAUUUGGUGGUGGUACAGGUGUCUCAGGCUUGGCAGCGGCUCUUCUAGAUGGACCUCAACUACCCCCUGGCCAACCGCAGCGACCUCCCCUCACGCGACCAACAAGCUACUCCACAGGAGAACAACAUCACCUUCGGGAGAAAGCACGAAGUGUACUUUUGAUGGACCACAUGAGCAGUAAUGACGACAGCACUAGUGGUUCAUCUCCUCGUGGAAAUAAAAAGUUAUCCUUCAAGACCCCGCGUAAAGCAUCUGCUGCUGUGACAGCCGCAACAACGCCGCCCGAGAGCCCUGUGCCACCACCACGGAGGCCCAAGGACAGUGUCCAUCAUGGAAAUCCACGAAAUAAAUAACUGUUAGAACUCUUCAUGCCCCAUCAUUGAGGUCAAGAAUGGUUUGUUAAUUACCAUAUGAAACAUUAUGGUCUUAGACAAUAUUAGCAUUACAUUGUGCAUGAAAUGCUGAGGUUACUCAUAGAAACAGUUCUCCCUUUCCUAUUGCUAGUUUACUACACCCACUACCAGACAAUAUUAAGCAAAAAACAAUGUAUAGGAUCACAGAAGCUAAUUCACA